GCGUCUGGGCUCUGCAGUGUGCACCAUGGCGGAGCUGGAUCGGGUGGAGAAGAGCAGCCACAGCUUGGACAAAAGCAUAACGCUGCCGCCUGAUGAAAUAUUCCGCAAUUUGGAGAACGCGAAGCGGUUCGCCAUUGACAUAGGUGGCUCUCUAACCAAGCUCGCAUAUUACUCCACCGUCCAGCACAAAGUGGCCAAAGUGCGAUCUUUCGACAAUACUGCAAAGGAGGCGUCGAGCGAAAAACUGUACGAGAUCUCGGUGCAGGAGGAGAUCACAGCCCGUCUGCACUUCAUCAAGUUUGAAAACGCCUACAUUGAGACCUGCCUCGACUUUAUCAAGGACCACCUGGUCAACACUGACACGAAGCUGAUAAAAGCCACGGGAGGCGGGGCACACAAGUUUAAAGACCUCAUCGAAAAGAAACUUGGACUAAAGGUGGAUAAGGAGGAUGAGAUGACCUGCCUGAUCCGGGGCUGUAACUUCGUGCUGAGGAACAUCCCCCACGAGGCCUUCAUCUUCACCAAGCACGCCGACUCUGAGUUCCGCUUCCAGAACACCCACCCGGAUAUCUUCCCCUACCUGUUGGUCAACAUCGGCUCCGGGGUGUCAAUCAUCAAGGUGGAGUCUGAGGACAAGUUUGAGCGUAUUGGAGGGAGUUCCAUCGGCGGGGGAACGUUCUGGGGCCUCGGAGCUCUGCUCACCAAAACAAAGAGGUUCGAUGAGCUGCUGCAGCUGGCCUCCAAGGGCCAGCACACCAACCUGGACAUGCUGGUGAAGGACAUCUACGGCGGCUCCUACGGGUCCCUGGGGCUCACUGGAGACCUCAUCGCCAGCAGCUUCGGGAAGUCGGCCACCACGGACAAAGAGUUCUCCAAGGAGGACAUCGCCAAGAGUCUGCUGCACAUGAUCAGCAACGACAUCGGCCAGCUGGCCUGCCUGUACGCCCGGCUGCACAGCCUCACCAGGGUCUACUUCGGGGGCUUCUUCAUCCGGGGCCACCCUGUCACCAUGCACACCAUCACCUACAGCAUCAACUUCUUCACCAAGGGUGAAGUCCAAGCCUUGUUCCUGAGGCAUGAGGGAUAUCUGGGAGCCAUCGGGGCGUUCCUUAAAGGAGCAGAGGAAGACAACCCCAACCAGUACAGCUGGGGGGAGAACUACGCCGGGAGCUCGGGCCUCAUGAGCGCGUCUCCGGACAUCAACCCCAUGCAGCGCGCACGCAGCGGAACGUUUGACAUGCUGGAGAUGGACCGUCUGGAGAGGAAGCUGGUGAACCUGCCGCUGCUGGAGGACCCCUCCUCCUACGUCCCCGACACGGUGGACCUGACCGUGGACCCGCUGGCCCGCGAGUACUGGCUCUUCUGCUUCGAGGACGCCCUGGACGGGGUGGUGAAGCGUGCGGUGGCCAGUCAGCCCGACCUCCCAGAGGCCGUGGAGCGUGCCGAGAAGUUCCGGCAGAAGUACCGCCACAAGCUGCAGACGCUGCGGCAGCAGCCCUUUGCGUACGGAUCCCUCACAGUCAGGAGCCUGUUAGACACCAGAGAACACUGUUUAAACGAGUUCAACUUCCCCGACCCCUACUCUAAGAUCAAGCAGAGGGAGAACGACGCAGCUCUCCGGUGCUACCAGAAGGCCGUGGCCGCCCUGGACGCCCUCGGCUGGGAGGAGAAGCAGUUCGCUCUGGUCCGCGGGGUCCUGGCGGGGAACGUCUUCGACUGGGGGGCCAAGGCCGUGUCCGACGUCCUGGAGACGGACCAAGACUUCGGCUUCGAGGAGGCCAAACAGAAGCUGGAAGAGCGCCCGUGGAUGGUGGACUCCUACAACCAGUGGCUGCAGAGACUGAAGGGGCCUCCUCACAAGUGUGCGGUGUUCUUCGUGGACAACAGCGGGAUGGACAUCAUCCUGGGGGUCAUGCCCUUCGUCCGAGAGCUGCUCCUUCGGGGCACGGAGGUGGUGCUGGCCAGUAACUCAAGCCCCGCCCUCAACGAUGUGACCAAUGGGGAGCUGCAGAUCCUGACGGAGACAAUUGCGGCCAUGGACCCCAUCAUCCAGGCCGGGCUGAAGGAGGACCGGCUGGUUCUGGUCCAGACUGGAUCCAGCUCCCCCUGCCUGGACCUCGGGCGGCUGGACAAGGUGCUGACCAUGGUGGUGCGGGAGCGGAGGGCGGACCUGGUGGUGAUCGAGGGCAUGGGCCGCGCCGUCCACACCAACUACUUCGCCCGGCUCAGCUGCGAGAGCCUCAAGAUGGCGGUCAUCAAGAACACCUGGCUGGCAGAGCGGCUCGGCGGGAAGCUGUUCAGUGUGGUGUUCAAGUACGAGCUGCCGACCCCGCCCCCCCCCGCCGCCCCCCCCAUGAAGGAGGAGGAGGAGGAGGAGGCCGUGUUCAGCCCCUAGGGGGCGCCCCACCCCACUCAGACGGGAAUGUCCAGAGCGGUUACCUGUGGUGGUUGUCGUGUCGGCGAUGAUGAAGAUGAAGAUGUCACUUGGUGGAUGGAUGAGUGAUUGUUAUGGUGAUUGUAGUGAGAUUACGAAGGCAGUGUUAUCAAGGGGGGGGGGGGUAGCAGA